UACACGCUCAGAUCUCUCGGUCUUCUGACAAGUUUGAAGAAGAUGAAGCUCCUAUUCCACUGGCGAGGAAGGUGUUGAAAAAUUGCUUCAGAAGGAGGUCCACAAGGCGAUACUUGAGCUACAGGAUGAAGAACCUGGAACAAUCAAAUCAAAGGGACUUCGACGUCGUCGGACCAAGAGCGCCUGCCGCCCUGUCCUUCCAUCAUUCUGGUUCACGUGGAGGGAAACUAGAAGAGCAGCAACGCGGUUACUCCACUGCGGCACUACGAGCUUCACGGCGCUUCAUGAGAUUCACGGCUACGAGCUUCCUUCUCCCUGCCUGCGACGCUGCUGCGCGGCGAAGACAGCUACGUCAAAGUCAUCAACAUGAGCUCAGAGACCAUCAUGUGGCCGCCGGGCGAGGUCCUGCCGAGGGCCAACAGCUGCGAGGAGCCACAGCCAAACAGCCAGGAUGGCCGAAUGUAACGGACGUGACGUCAGCUGUCAUGCCCUGCCGCGAGCCAAGCCGCCAAGCCAUAUUAACACGCCCCCUUCCGCCACAGCCACCGCCACCGCCGCCAGCCAAAGCCAACGAAGGGGGGAUAGUGUUAAUAAAACAAGCCGUGCCAGCCAUUUCUACCUACUUUUCUGCAUUCUUGCACAAAUAAAAGAACUUGUCGUUA